CAUACAAAGUGAACCUCAAGUUGUGCAUACAAUACCUCUCUAAAGUGUUAAUUAUUAAAAACAAUAAUUAUUGGUGGGACACUCCCAUGCAAAUAUUUCUGCACUUUGUACGGAACCGAAUUCUAGUCUCUUACUUACGUGGGAAAGGUGGAAAAUUUUAAUUUCUAUUAUUUAGCGAACGUACUUAAGGCACUUAUCCAAAAAGUUCGAAGCAGAUAUCUUUUAUCUUUCACGGUGUUCAUAUUGAGUCAAGAGUGUUUCUAGUGUUUUGAGGAUGAGGUUCGCGUUAGUUCUUCUAGCUGCAAUCGCGUUGUCAGUAUCCAGUGCAAAUAGUGCAUCUCUACCAGAUGAGUGCAGCGGCCCAAUGCAAGUAGGAUUGUGUGAUGCUCUCUUGGAGCGUUUCUAUUUUGACCCGGUUAAGAAAAGUUGUGAGCAAUUCUACUAUGGAGGAUGUGGUGGUAAUCGGAAUAACUUCGAGAGGCUGGAAGAUUGUCAACAAAAGUGUAUUGCAUCUUAAAUUUGAAUUUGAUAACGAAUCGGUAUUAACGAAGCUAUAGAAACGUAUAAUAUCUCGGUCCAAAUAUAGCAAUUAAAAACAGAUGUUGAUUAAAUGCUCUUUAAAUUUC